CAGAAAAAGCCCACCGUCACACAGUUCACAGUUCACACACUGGGAGUUGAAGAAGGCUCUUGAUAAGGAAAACCAGAAGCCAAAUUAAGCAAAAAAGAUUUGAUUUUUAGCAUACCCUUAUUGUCUUAGUGAUAUGGAGAUAGAUGGCAGCGAUGUUCAUAUUGACAAGGAGCCGGAUGGUGUCAUUAUAUACGCAAAUGGUGACACCCACGGCUCAGGUUGUAGGAAUGCCUGUGAGCAGGAUGUGGCACAGCUGCCUGAGAUUAUCGACAUUGAUCCUCAGCUAGUUGAUGUAUCAGAUGAGAAUGCCGACUGUGUGGUGAAGGAAUGCAAUAGUGUCAAGUCCGAGGAAACAAAACCUUGUCAGCAGGAGAGUGUUCCUGAAUCCAAGAAUGGGAUCGAGAAGGAUGGUGUGACAGCAGAAGGUCAAAAGGCGAGAGAUCAUGAUAAGAAGGCACAACCCUGUGGCAGAAAAGCUACCAAACCAGCUGUUGGGAGCUGCAAAGCAAAAUGCACAGUGCCACAGCCAUUUGCUCUGGCAACUGAAAAACGCGCUCUACAUGGAGCCCGUCCUAAUGGAGGUGAGUGCGGCAAUACCACUGAUGGAGACAAGCCAUCACAUGUUCGUGUCCCGCUGCAGCCUAGUUCUGUGAAGCAGAAUCUGAUGGUCACACCUAUUGUCCAAAGGAAGCCACUGCAGCUCGAUAACAAGAAGGUAGCUGACGAAGAAAACUGCUCCGUUACCUCACCUGUUGCGCCAGCGAGAAAGUAUAAGAUAACAGUUGCCUCAGCCCCAACGUUUAAGAGCAGCGAGCGUGCUGAAAGAAGAAGGGAGUUUUUUACAAAAUUGGAGGAAAAGCAUCAAGCAUUACAAGCUGAGAAAAAUCAGUAUGAGGCAAGGACUAAGGAAGAGUCUGAAGCAGCAAUCAAGCAACUGAGGAAGAGUUUAAAUUUCAAAGCAAGUCCAAUGCCGAGCUUCUAUCAUGACGGACCACCUCCAAAAGUCGAAUUGAAAAAGCCACCUCCAACUCGAGCAAAAUCUCCAAAGUUGGGCCGAAGAAAGAGCUUCAGUGAUACAAAAGAUUCCAAUAGAGGGGCAGAUGAAGCUGGCCACGGUUUUCACAUUUUCAGAGACAGGAAAACCGGGAGUGAUAAACGGAAUGGCUGGGAAAGCCAGGAACACGGGGAGGAGAUGGAUGAGUCGUUUACGUGUAGCCUGAUCGGAGAGAGGCACAUGGACAUUGCUGUUCAUUCUUGAAGAGCAGUUAUAAGUUAUUUAUUUAGUGUUGGAAACAAGUUGAUCUAUUGAGAGAUGAAAAGCUCUGUAUUGUGCCUUGUUCAUCCAAAAUUCAAUAUGAGUGCUUCACUGCUUUGUAUUUAUGUUGAUGCGUGGAAGUGUAAAUUUAUGUAACUUGUUCAGAUGCAUUUGUAAAAACUUUUGUCUGAUUAUGAAUUGCUUUUCCAUUACUGUGAA